AUGAUGGAAAUCGAUGAGGUUGUCUAUCAGGACGACUAUGGCUCGGUGUCUGUUAUGUCGGAGCGGGUGUCGGGCCUGGCCAACAGCAUCUACCGGGAGUUUGAGCGCCUCAUCAGCAGCUACGACGAGGAAGUGGUCAAGGAGCUCAUGCCGCUGGUGGUGAACGUUCUGGAGAAUCUGGAUUCGGUUUUAACGGAGAACCAGGAGCACGAGGUGGAGCUCGAGCUGCUGAAAGAGGACAACGAGCAGCUCAUCACCCAGUACGAGCGUGAGAAGGCGCUGCGCAAGCAGGCAGAGGAGAAAUUCAUAGAGUUUGAGGAUGCAUUGGAGGGGGAGAAGAAGGACUUGCAGACUCAUGUGGAGAGCUUGGAACUGCAGGGGAAACAGCUGGAGCUCAAGACCAAGAACUACUCUGACCAGAUCACUCGUCUGGAGGAGCAUGAGUCAGACAUGAAGAAGGAGUACAAUACUUUGUACCAGCGACACACAGAGAUGAUUCAAACAUACAUGGAGCAUAUUGAGAGGUCCAAGCUGCAACAGGCAGGGAACAACAGCCAGUCAGAAGGGCCAGGCAGUGGACGAACUCAACGCCACAUGUGGAGGAAAAGCAAAGUGGAGCGUCCCCCGUCGUUGAGCCUGUACCCCAGUGGAGAGGGCAUGGGGAUGGAGGAUGGUUCCGAGUCGGACUCAGUGGCGGCCACGCCCAGUAGCACAGGAAGUAAGUCCAACACGCCCACUUCCUCCGUCCCUUCCGCCACUGUCACGCCCCUCAACGAGGGCUUCCUCCCACCCGGCGAGUUCGACCCAAUGCAUGCUGUAAACCGCGGCAUGAAGAGUGCUAAACACCUCAGCAAAAACAUGGAGGUGCAGGUCUCCCAGAAAACCAGGAAUGUCAGCAUCGGUAUGGGUAGCAGUGACGAGUGGUCAGAAUUCCAAGAGAUCAUCGAUUCCACACCAGAGCUGGAUAUGUGUGUGGACCCCCGUCUCUAUGGUGGAGGAAACAGUCCUUCCCAGGGCAUCGUGAACGAGGCAUUCGGUAUCAACACAGACUCUCUCUACCAUGAGAUCAAGGAUGCCAAGUCUGACAUCAUCGGGGAUGUUGACGCCGGGGCUGAGCUUUUAGGGGAGUUCUCAGUCCGUGAUGAUUUUUUCGGGAUGGGCAAGGAGGUGGAGAAUCUGCUGACAGAGAACAAACAUCUUCUGGAGACCAAAAAUGCUCUGAACAUUGUGAAGAAUGACCUGAUAGCCAAAGUGGACGAGCUCUCAGGGGACCAUGAGGUGCUGAGAGAGGAACUGGAGGCCCUUAGGACCGCCAAGAACAAAGUAGACACAAAGGUUAAAGAACUGGAAGAAGAGCUGAAGAGGUUGAGAGCAGAGGCUCUGACGCUGGGAGCAUCUCAGGACUCCAAGGAUGAAGGAGGAGAAGAUUACUCGUCUCCGAUGGUGGAUGGGGAUGUGACCAUGACGCAGCGUCGGCGUUUCACACGGGUGGAGAUGGCCAGGGUCCUGAUGGAGAGGAACCAGUACAAGGAGAGACUAAUGGAACUACAGGAGGCCGUCCGGUGGACAGAGAUGAUCAGGGCAUCCAGGGAGAGUCCUCAGAUGCAGGAGAAGAAGAAAUCCACCAUCUGGCAGUUUUUCGCCCGUCUGUUCAGUUCCUCGGCCAGUCCUCCGCCAGUCAAGCGUCCGUACUACAGCGUCAACAUCCACUACAAGUCCCCGUCCCCUGCAGGCUUCCCCCAGAGACGCAGCCACACCAUGUGUCAGAUCUCCACCUCAAACCGAACCCUGGAGUUUUUCCCAGAAGACGACUCUGCGCUGUCGGCUCGUCGUGAGCAGCGCCGGGAACAGUACCGGCAGGUCCGAGAGCACAUGCGCCGCGAUGACGGCAUCAUGCAGGCCUGCGGCUGGAGCGUACCGCCACGCUUCAAACAGUUUUCUCCAAUUAGGGGAGGGAAGGAGGACAACCGCAUGAAGAAUGUCCCUGUUCCUGUCUACUGUCGCCCCCUAGUAGAGAAGGACCCCAACAGGAAGUUGUGGUGUGCGGCGGGCGUGGACCUGACGGGAUGGAAGACGUGCACUCAGGAAGUGAUGACAGUUAAGGCUGGCCCCGGCAACAGCGUUACGAAUCCUCUAGCCAUUGAGGAGGGAGAGGGAGGAGACGGCAAGAGCAACCACAGCUCACCAGAGAAGAGAAAGUCUAAGGAGCUCCAUGAAACAGACACUAUGAGUAGCAGAGUCUGGAUCCUGACCAGUACCCACUCGGCCAGCAAGGUGGUCAUCAUUGAUGCCAACCAGCCCGGCUCGUUGGUCGACCAGUUCAACGUCUGCAAUGCCCACGUGCUCUGCAUCUCCAGCGUGCCAGCGGCCAGUGAGAGUGACUACCCGGCGGGUGAGAUCGUGCUGGACCCUGGGGAGGGUGGUGGUGAGGAGACAGGCGGGGUGGAGGGCAUGCUAGCAGGCAUCACCCUGGUGGGCUGUGCCACCAACUGUAGCGUGGUCCGCAGCAACUGCUCCUCGCGCACUGACACACCCGUACUGGACCGGGGACAAGCCCCCAUGGCUCCACCACUCAGUGGGAAGCUGCAUCCGGCCCAGUCAGCAGAGGAGGCCACAGAGGCUACAGAGGUGGCUGGGCCGGCCGCCAGCGAGACAGGCGGCACCUUGGGACCUCCAGGGCCCUUCAUGGAGCACGUCUUCACAGACCCCCAGCCUCCGGUGGUUGAUGCUGGCAAAUACGACCGGUGUGCAGGUCAGUUAAAAGAGGAGUCUAACUCCCCACCCCAGGAGACGGAGGAUGGAAACGACGACCCCAAAGCUGGCACCAGCGUCGUCCCCACCAUGUGGCUGGGAGCACAAAAUGGCUGGCUUUACGUCCAUUCGGCAGUGGCCAACUGGAAGAAGUGUCUCCACUCCAUCAAACUGAAGGACUCUGUGCUCAGUCUAGUGCAUGUGAAGGGUCGUGUGCUGGUGGCUCUGGCAGACGGGACACUGGCUAUCUUCCACAGAUCUGAGGAUGGGCAGUGGGACCUGUCAAACUACCACCUGAUGGACCUGGGUAGACCGCACCACUCUAUCCGCUGCAUGGCCAUGGUCCAUGACAAGGUGUGGUGUGGCUACAAGAACAAGAUCCACGUCAUCCAGCCCAAGAGCAUGCAGAUAGAGAAGUCCUUUGACGCCCACCCUCGCAGGGAGAGCCAGGUGAGGCAGCUGGCGUGGAUCGGGGAUGGGGUGUGGGUGUCAAUCCGUCUGGACUCCACGCUGCGUCUCUACCAUGCCCUCACACACCAGCACCUACAGGAUGUCGAUAUCGAACCAUACGUCAGCAAGAUGUUGGGUACUGGCAAGCUGGGCUUCUCCUUUGUGCGAAUAACAGCCCUUCUUAUUGGUGGAAACCGCCUGUGGGUGGGGACUGGGAAUGGUGUGGUCAUCUCCAUACCACUGACAGAGACGGUAGUCCUUCAUCGGGGACAGCUCCUAGGUCUGAGGGCCAAUAAGGUGUCCCCGACGUCGUCCGGCGGCGUGGCCGGGGGUGUUAUUCAUGUGUAUGCGGACGACAACCCAGAGAAAAGCAGCGGCAGCUUCAUUCCAUACUGCUCCAUGGCCCAGGCUCAGCUCUGUUUCCAUGGACACCGAGAUGCCGUCAAGUUCUUUGUCUCUGUGCCAGGCAAUGUGUUGGCCACCCUAAAUGGUAGUGUGCUGGACAGCCCGUCAGAGGGUCAGGGGUCCUCGGCACAGCCGGAGGCUGAGGCUCAGAGCAUACAGAACGUUCUGGUGCUGAGUGGAGGGGAGGGCUACAUCGACUUCCGCAUCGGUGAUGGCGAGGACGACGAGACAGAGGAAGGGGAGGUGCCGGGGGGCGCCCCGCAGAUGAAGCCUGCCGUGUGCAAAGCCGAGCGGAGCCAUAUUAUUGUGUGGCAGGUGUCCUACAUCCCCGUUUGA